AUGGCUGAAUCAGCAACAAUGACUGAAGGGCUUUCAGAAUCGUUCAAGAAAUUCGUCAAAUUGGCUGGAGCCAAAACACCUGAAGAAAUGAAACAUAUGAAUGCGAAGGCUUGCGGUAAAAUGGUUAAAGACUGUUUGCCGAAAGAAGUGAUAACGAUCGCCGAUGCAAUGAUCUUCCCUAAAUAUAAAGAAAAAGGAAAGCAAUAUAUGUUAGAUUCAAAUUUCCCGGCUUUCGUCCGUGGAUGUGCCCAUGAAUAUGCCAAACUGAAAAAAAAAAAUCCCAAGCUGCCAGCAGAUGACGAGGGAGCAGAAAAAUAUUACCAAGAUUUUGUGAAGAGAUUGGAAUGUGGAGGACCUAAAGUUAAAGAAGUGAAUAUCAGAGAUAUGUCCACACAGUUUCUAUCUAUCUAUCUAUCUAUCUAUCUAUCUAUCUAUCUAUCUAUCUAUCUAUCUAUCUAUCUAUCUGUCAGUUCAAAAUAUCUAUCUAUCUAUCUAUCUAUCUAUCUAUCUAUCUAUCUAUAG